AUGGAAAAGUUAAUCCGCGAACGAAAAUCUAUCGAGCCACGUAUCAAACGUGUGGCUGAAGCAGUGAAAAAACUAGAGACAGAAGCGGCUGAAGAAACCGAAGUGCAAACGGUACUCGAAGUGCUCGGUGAUAUUUGGGUUGCAUUUUGUACAGUGCACAAAAGAGUGUUGGACGCAUGUGACGAUGAAGAUAAAUAUGCAGACGCUGUGCAAAAUCAGUGCAAUUUUGAACGCACUCACAUUGGACUGAAAAAUCGCCUUGCGAAAGUGCUAAAAGCGGUGCAGAAUCGCGAUCGCAGUCAAGAAGAGCGAUCUCCGCCGCAAAGUGAAAUAAUUAACCAACUUGCCCAGCAGCAAGCAGAGUUACUCCGUAUGAUGGCGGGUAGAACGGCUGCUGGCGCUAGUGCACCCACUGCUGCUGCUGAUAAUGCCCACGAUCCCAUACCGCUGUCCGAUCUCAAGCUGCCCCGCAUGAACCUUCCUCCCUUCGCUGGAAACUAUCUCGAGUUGCAGUCUUUUAUCGAUUUAUUCAAGAGCAUGGUUGACUCGAACCCAUCGAUCAAGGAUAGCUGCAACGCUUAUCUCCCAUCUAAAAUUGUAUAUGCAAAUUACGCUCCGGCUCUGGCAAAGCUUAAAGCUCGCUACGAUAAACCGCUCGAGAUAGCUCACAAGCACAUUGAACGCUUUCUCAACCAACAAGCCAUGACGUCACCGUCUGCUCAAGGGUUACGUUCAUUGCAUGACGUCUCCGACGAGGUUGUUCGUGCUCUUCAAGCCAUGCAAAGAGAGGAUCGUGAUACUUGGCUGCUGUUCAUCCUCAUCGGAAAACUGGAUUCCGAAACCAAGCAGCUUUGGUAUCAAAAGGUUGCUGAUAUGGAGGAAGCUGGCAUCACUCUGAAAGCUUUUCUCGCAUUCAUCGACUCUCGCAGUUUCGCUCUGCAAGCUGCUCAGCCUACUAGACAACGAACUAUUGCUGCUAGUAAGCUUCCAAUAAAGCCGCAGUAUAAGAGAGCAACCGCACUCGUCGCCACCAAUACAACAUCAAAUUGCGACGUUUGUGCCAAAUCCUCUCAUCCUCUCUACCAGUGCGGUAAGUUCAUACACAUGAGCUCAGAGUAA